GAAACAUGUCUUUGAUGUAAUAUUUCUAUCCGGACCUCGGAUUAUCCGAUAUUUGGAUAGUUGAUACUCGAAUAAUCGAGGUUCCUCUGAAUUUUGAGUAGAGGAGCCUGAGGGAGGAUCUGAAGUAUGUAAAGUUAUGAGAGGCAGAGAUGCACAGAUUUAAGAGAGUUGGUAAAACACGCAUUGGGUAACAGGAGGAGGAGGGCCAUGCUCACAGCAGCGACUUAUUCUGUUUGAGAGUCUCACGGGGCCGCGACCUUGGACGGAAUUACAAAAGGAGAAAGUGGGAGGGCGGCCCGAGCUUUCGCUGGGGAGCAUUCGCAUCGGCACGGUGGGCUGAAUGGCCUUUACGGUUUCAAACGUGAUUGAUUCGUUUCGUUAUCAAUAAGAGGCUUUGAAAGUACUGAAGAUUUCUUUAUUAAUUCAAACCUGUUGUAUCUCUUUGCUGCUUGGCGCCGAGAUUCCGCGGAAGCAGCUGCGGCCUAAGCGGACCUGAAGCCUGGGGCUGGGAUUUUGCCAAUUGCGGGCUCAAUGCAGCAAACCUCCGGGCCUGAAGCGGGAAAUGAUCGGUUUGUUCUCGUUGCCAUUUUAGACAAUGUGCGGCAUUUGUCGAAUCUGCUCAAAGCCGUUCAUUUCCGAGACCAGGCGACGGUCUUCGCCUCCGCGAAUGGCAUCAGGGUGACGGUUGAAGCCGCCAAGAGCGUUCAGGGUAACGCGUUCAUCCAGGCAUGUAUUUUUCAAGAAUUUCGAAUUGAGGAGGACUCUGUGAUGUUUGUAGUAAACCUAACAGUUCUUCUUGAUUGUCUCUCAAUAUUUAGUGCAAGUUCCCUGCCAGGAAUGACAACAGCCCUGAAGAUGUGUUACCGUGGAUAUGGAAACCCAUUGACACUGUUUCUGGAGGAGAGUGGUGUGGUAACAGUUUGUAAGAUUCAGACUCAGGAACCAGAGGAAACUCUUGACUUUGACUUCUGUAGCACAAAUGUUGUAAAUAAAAUAAUUCUGCAGUCAGAAAGCCUUCGGGAGGCCUUUGCCGAGCUUGAUAUGAGCAGCGAGGUGCUGCAGAUCACAAUGUCUCCAGAAAAACCCAAUUUCAGGUUAUCUACUUUUGGGAAUGCUGGAAGCAUACACUGUGAUUAUCCGAAAGACUCUGAUAUGAUUGAGGCAUUCCAUUGCAACCAGACCCAAUGUAAUAGAUAUAAAAUUUCAUUACUGAAGCCAUCUAUUAAGGCCUUGGCUCUGUCCUGUAAAGUUUCGCUCCGUACAGAUAACCGUGGAUUUCUCUCCUUACAAUAUAUGAUCCGGAAUGAAGAUGGACAGAUCUGCUUUGUAGAAUAUUACUGUUGUCCCGAUGAAGAGGUUGGAGAGUUUGAUACAUGAUGUGCAGCCAUUUGUCUUUCUGUUUGUCAAAGGAACAUAGGAACUGGAGUAGGUCAUUCAGCCCCUUGAAUCUGCUUCACCUUUCAAUAAGAUCAUGUGACCUAUGGUUUGCCUUGGGCCCAUAUCCCAAUUUAAAACUAACAAUGGCUGUUUGAGGAAGUGAGUUCCAAACCUUCACUAUUCUUUGCAUGUACAAGUGUUUUCUAACAUCUCUCCUGAAUGGCAUGGCCAUGAUUUUUACAGUAUGCCCCAUGGUUCUAGAAUGUUCAACCCGUCGACAUUGUUUAUCUUUAUCUACCCUGCCUUUCCCUGUUAAUAACUUGAAAACCUUGAUUAUAUCACCCCUUAACCUUCUGAAUUCUAGAGAAAACGGACCUAAUUUGUCUAAUCUCUCCUCAUGACUUAACCUCUGAAUCCAGGUAUCAUAUUUGUAAACUUGCAUUGAACUCUUCUCAGGGGCAAAAUAUCCUUCCUUAGGUAUGAUACUGAGAUUUGCAUUACAUCUUCAAAACUAAGUACCUUUCCUCUUUGCAGAAGCUAAACCCUGAAGCAUUGCCCAGCCUGAAUUUGACUGUUCCUGUCUCCUGAUUCUGCCCCUUAACUUUAGGGUAGUGUAAGUUUAUGUUGAAAUUGUAAUAAAUGUGUCUAUUGUGUUUGAGGUAUAAAUAUGGAACUGUGAAAUUUUUGCAGUAGUUUUGUUGGCUGGUAGAGCUAUGUUGGACAGUGUUGAGGCUUAGGUUUUACUUUCUGAUGUGCAAUACAGAAAGCAUUACUCAGAUCUUCGAGCGCAGAUAGAAGAAAAUAGCUUUGAUACUUAUUUGCCUUUUGGUGGUUGGUGAUGGCUGGGUAGCAAUGGGUUAGAUUGCUGAAGAAGGUAUAUGGCCCAAUAACGACAGUGAUGAGAGAGGGAAGCCAGUAUAUAUUGUCAUUGAAUGAAAUUUGUUUCUUUUAUUUAAAGCGGUCUUGCAGCUUUUUAAUUGAUAAUUUGCCAAUUUAUGCUGUUACAUUGGUAUGACUUGAUGUUGUCAUUUGUUCUAAUAAUGUAAAGUUUGUAAAAGUGUAUUGCUUCAUAGCUGAUUUUAAGAUUGAAGAAACUAAUUUAAUUCACAUAUUGAAAUGCUUGUGACCCUAAUUCUAGCCCAUCCUUUCCAACAUAUUGAAUCUUACAACACAAAAGGUAGUUUGACACAUCGUGCCAAUAUUGGCUCUUUGAAACAGCUAGGACAAAGUGAGGACUGCAGAUGCUGGAGAUCAGAAUCGAGAGUGGGGUUCUGGAAAAGCACAGCAGGUCAGGCAGCAUCUGAGGAGCAGGAGAAUUUAUGUUUCAGGCAUAAUCCUGUUGAAGGUCCUAGGCCCAAAACGUCAAUUCUCCAGCUCCUCAGAUGCUGCCUGACCUGCUGUGCUAUUCCAGCACCACACUCCCGUGUUUGAAACAGCUAUUCAGUUAUUUCUAUUCCCUUACUCUUUCCCUGAUUCUUUCUUAAAAUUUACUAUUGAACCUGCUUCCAUUACCAUGUACGAAAUGCUUUUUUUGGCAUAGAUUUUUUUGUAUCCUGUCAACACUGGUUUAAAUGUUUUUAAAAUGUACACUUGAUUCUGUCCAUUAAAAUUCCAUACAAGAAUUAAAGUUUUCACAAAGCUCAACUUUAAA